GGGAAUAUCCCUUUCUCACUUUAUAAGGCAACUGUACUCAAACAAAGUCCACCACCUGAAAUGUGCUGUAGUCAUAAAACGUGUUCUAACCUCUCAAUGGGAAGAGAUUGCUUUGAAGUGCUUAGGUACACAUGGAAGCAUAAUCUAGUUUAGUACAGUAGUUGCUAUAUGUGGAUAUUCUCUGCCCCUGCUAUUCCUCCUUUAUUUUUCAUGUCCUGAGUAGUAAACAGUAUGAUUUUCUGAUUGAAAGUGUCCCAUUCCAGUCCAUUUCUGAUUGAAAGUGUCCCAUUCAAGUCCUGCUAUGCUGCCUCAUCGUGGUGGUGGAGUGUUCGUUGGAGGGAUGAGCAAAGUAUGCCGGGAGGUAUACUCCCAGGAGGGUCACCCAAAGUGCAAAGGUCAUCCCAGCUGCCCAGCUAAAGCAAGCAGGCACCUAUAUUGGGCAGCAGCGAUAUAGGAAGUUGCUGGAGGCAGAUGAUCACUUCAGUGACAAUGACAAAGGCAUUGUUUCAUACUGUGUGGGAGAAGGCAAUGGUAAACCACUCCUGUAUUUUUCCAAGAAAACCACAUGGAUAGACAAAAUGGAAUGAUUGUCGAUGUAGUGCUGGAUGAUGGGCCCCUCAGGUCAGAUGGUACUCAACUACUGAAGAAGAGCUGAGGAUCUCUCAGAGUACCAAUGGCGUUUAUGACGUGGUAAGACUAAAGCCUUUUGGACGUCUAGCAGCUGAUGUUGCCAUGUGGGAAAAUAAAAUCUGAAGCUGCAAAGACAAAAUUACAGUGGGAACGUGGAACACAAGAAGCAUGAAUAUGGGAAAGCUUGACACUGAAAGAUGAAAUGAAUCGACUACAGAUUGACAUCUUGGGCAUCAGUGAAUUAAAAUGGACUGGAAUGGGACACUUUCAAUCAGAAAAUCAUACUGUUUACUACUCAGGACAUGAAAAAUAAAGGAGGAAUGGUGUUGCUUUCAUAGUCAGGAAGGAUAUAGCAUUGUCAGUACUUGGGUACAAUGCAGUCAGUGACCGACUAAUAUCAAUUAGACUUUGUGAACAACCCUUUAAUAUGACAGUUCUUCAAGUCUAUACCCCAACAACUGAUGCAGAAGAAGAUGAAGUUGAUGAGUUUUAUGCUCAAGUUCAGUCUGAAAUUGACAGAACAUGCAAGCAAGAUGUGAUGCUGGUGGUUGGAGACUGGAAUGCCAACGUUGGAAAAGACUUUCCUCCAAAGAUUUUGUCACUGGCUAGAUAUUUUGGACCCCCUACUCUUAUUUCCAUCUUAUGUGGAAAUUGACAAAUCGAGAAUGCUUUUAGAAACUAGUCGAGAAAAUAUCACAGAAUCCUUGCAGGACAAUAAGCUAAAAAAAGCCUGGAAACUAAGUCUGGCUUCUGUUCAUCCUGGUACUGGUGAUAUAAUUCCUCCCAUGUUUAGGCCACCAGCUUUGAUGCCCUUUGCUGCUCCAUUGGCUUUUGCUACUUUCUCAUUGCACAGAGGAGUGAAACAAGCAUUUAUUUGGCAGUUCCUUUUCCAUUCCUAUACGGGUGCAUUCAGCUUGGCAAAUGGAAAUUCUACAAAAAUGGCAAACGAGUUUCUGUACAAACAGUUACUUCCCACCACAGGGACAGUCUUAUAUUCUUCAUGUGUUGGAGCUCUCCCUCAAUACUUUUUAAAACGCUAUAAACUAUAUAAUCCUAUUGCACAAGUAUUCUUCAAGACAAUUGUACCAGGUCCACUUACAGCCCUCCUGUGCAUGAUGAACGUGAUGGUAAUAAGAAGCACUGAGUUGGUAAGUGGGAUUGAGGUUGUGGACAGCAACGGCAAUGUCAUUGGACUGUCACGGAAGGCGGGAGAAAAGGCAGUAAAAGAAACAGCAUGGUUAAGAGCAGCGUUGUUUGGGACUGCAGUAUUUAUUCCAGAUAUUGCUGAGCACUACUUGAAACGCACAAGAAUUUUACUUCGAAAUCCACAUGCUUUGCCUCUACUGAGAUUGAUUAUGACGACUGUAAUCAUUGGAACAAUGAUACCAGUUUCAUUUAGUUGGGAGCCACAAGUAGGGAAGAUACAACGAAGUGAACUUGAAUCUGAAAUUGUCUCCUCCACAGAAGAAACAGAAUUAUUUUACUAUAGGGGAAUUUGAUGACAAGAACAUUAUGCUAACUUUUAAGCACUAGGGAUAUUGGGGUUUUUUUUAGGCUUGAACUAUCAUCUCAAGUAUAUUUAUCUGAAACAGUGAAUUAUACAAUGAGAUAUCCUGAUCUAUCUUCUGUAAGUUACUGUAUAUAUAUUUUGACACAAUUAUGUGAAUCUAAAUUAUAUCUAAAUUUUGUUGGAAGAAAAUCAAUGUGCUAUCAACUUAUAUAAACAAUUAAAAGCCCAUGAUAGACAACUAA